CAUUAAAAUUUCAGAAAGGAAAUUGUCCAAGGCAAUCCAUUUCACUAAGACGAUUAGGCCAUUGAAGUUCUUGUGACGCCGAAGAACAGAGUCGUUCCUUCAUUGUUCUCCACUCAAAACUCAUCCCUCUACUCUUACUCCCGCAACAAUUUUCUCUAUCUCUAUCAGUUGAUUCUGAUUCUAGUACAAGCUUGCCAUGCGCAACGACAUUGAAGUAGCUGCUGUGCACAACGACAUCCAUGGAAAAGACUACCACGACCCACCACCGGCUCCGUUAUUCGACCAUGAAGAGUUCACCAAGUGGUCAUUUUACAGGGCCAUCAUCGCUGAGUUCAUCGCCACUCUUUUGUUCUUGUACAUAACUGUGUUGACUGUGAUUAGUGACAGGAGCCAGACUGACCCAAAUCUCAACCUUGGCGCUAAUCAAUGUAGCGGUGUUGGUGUUCUUGGUAUCGCUUGGGCCUUCGGUGGCAUGAUCUUCAUUCUUGUUUACAGCACUGCUGGAAUCUCCGGUGGGCACAUUAACCCGGCUGUGACAUUUGGGCUGUUCUUGGCGAGAAAAGUGUCACUGGCGCGAGCCCUAUUGUACAUGAUAGCUCAGUGUUUGGGAGCCAUAUGUGGUUGUCUGCUCGUAAAGACAUUCCAGAAGGCUUACUAUGAGAGGUACGGCGGCGGAGCCAACGAGGUGGCCUACGGCUACAGCGUUGGAACUGGGUUGAGCGCGGAGAUUGUUGGAACCUUUAUUCUUGUCUACAUUGUUUUAGCCGCAACUGAUCCCAAAAGAAAUGCUAGAGAUUCACAUGUUCCCGUUUUGGCGCCACUCCCCAUCGGAUUUGCAGUUUUCUCAGUUCACCUGGCUACACUUCCGCUCACCGGAACUGGUAUCAACCCGGCUAGAAGUUUGGGAGCUGCCGUUGUUUACAACCGGAAAAAGGCAUGGCAUGACCACUGGAUUUUCUGGGUUGGACCCUUCAUUGGUGCUGCAAUUGCUGCAUUGUAUCACCAAUACGUCCUCAGAGCAUCUUCGGCUAAAGGUCAGGGAUCCUUCAGGCGCAGAUCCAUCAUGUAAUUUUGUAAGUUGUGGUAUGGGGUAUCAAUCUUC